UUCGAGUACUUUCCGGACGACCUUGUCAUCAUAGAUAUGUCAGUGAAGAUGUUCGUCCUGAGCAGCAGGAGCCAGAGUCCCCUCUCAUUAAAGCGGAAGUGGACGACAAAGAGUACUCCUACAUUAAAGAGGAAGAGUCGCCGCACUCCGUUCACAUUCAAAAGGAAGAGGAGCCAGAGCUCUCCUACAUUGAAGAGGAACAGCAGCUGCAGCCUCGCCAACUCAAAGAGCAGGAGCAUGAGACCCCGUACAUUAAAGAGGAGGACGAUAUCACCAAGUUGGCAUCGACUGAUGUCCCUUUGAGGAGUGAAGAUGAAGGUCAAAAUGAGGAGGACAGAGCGACGGAGUCUCCAAGCAGCAGCUCAAGUCAACAUAUGACAACAGAAGGUGACGGAGACUACUGUGGAGGAUCGUCAACAGAUGGCCUCAUCGCUCCACUAUCAGAUAGUGACAACAUAAUGUCACACUCUUCCGACAUUGAUGAUGAACAUUCUGGAGGUGAUAUGACUGACGACAAACGCUGGAAAUGUUCUCAGUGUGGGAGAACGUUUGGUAAUGAGAGCGGUUUAAAAAGUCAUAGGACAGCACACACUGGAGAAAAACCUUUUGCCUGUUCAGUUUGUGGUCAAAGAUUCACUGAAAAGGGAAGCUUAAAAAGACACACAAGAACCCACACUGGUGAGAAACCUUAUACCUGCUCAGUCUGUGGUAAAAGAUUCACUCAGAAGGGAGAUUUAAAAAUACACAUAAGAAAACACACCGGUGAGAAACCUUUUGCCUGCUCAGUUUGUGGUCAAAGAUUCUCUGAGAACGGAAGUUUAAGAAAACACACAAGAACACACACUGGUGAGAAACCUUUUGCCUGCUCAGUUUGCGGUCAAAGAUUCUCUCAGAAGGGAACCUUAAAAAGACACACAAAGACCCACACUGGUGAGGAGCCUUUUACCUGCUCAGUUUGUAGUCAAAGAUUCACUCAAAAGGAACAUUUACUAAGACACACAAGAACACACACUGGAGAGAAGCCUUUUGCCUGCUCCGUUUGUGGUCAAAAAUUCACUCAAGAGGUACAUUUAAAAAGACACGCAAGAACACACACUGGAGAGAAACCUUUAGCCUGUUCAGUUUGUGGUCAAAGAUUCUCUGAGAGUGGAAGCUUAAAAACACACAUAAGAACACACACUGGAGAGAAACCUUUUGCCUGUUUAGUUUGUGGCCAAAAAUUCUCUCGUAAGAGUCAGGUUAAGACACACAAGUGUGCCGGUGAGAAUCAAUUAAGCUUUGAAUGAAAGUUUAGAUGCUUAAUAUUUAAACUAGUUUCUAUGGCACAGAUUUUACACAAACAAGCUUGUUGUGCUCUAUGUACCUUCCUGAAAGUGGGCAAGUGUAGAAAAUUAACAUGCGAGCCAGAACUCUGAAAGCAAAGCACCUAGUUUGUCCAGUGUUUUUGUGUGUGUAUGAAAUAAGCAAUUGAUUGGUUUAAAUAGACUGUAAAGAAACUUUGACUCUAAAGUA